CACACACUCUCCGGGUCAGCUCUGGUCUUUACUCUGUUUCUAUUUUAGCUCGACUCUCUCAGACAGCAGUCAUGGCUCGUUGCAGGAGUUACUUGCGAGGGCUCGCCAUCUGUAUCACUGUGCUGCUACUGGUGUCCGGUAUGGUGAUGAUAGGCGUCGGAUUUUACUCCAUCGAUGGCAACACGCUAGUUGCUGAGUUGUUUGACCAGUUGUCCAGUAGCGAUGGUUUACUGCUCCUGCAGGUGUUCGGUCCGGUCACCAUGGUUUUGUCUGUGCUGGGCAUCUGUGCUGCGACGUUGGACGUCAAAACUCUGCUGUUGGUGUUUUCUGCUCUGAUAUUCGUGGAGUUUGUGGCUCUGAUGAUUGUGGCCUCGCCGCUGGUUCAGGUUCAAGUUCAGAUGGACAGUGCAGUGGAGGAGGUGUUUCUGAAUGUAACUCCCCUGCACAGAGCAGAGCGUGACAUCCAGAGUGAACUAAACAAACUCCAGGCCUCGGACUCUUGCUGUGGUUUGAGAAGUUUUGAGGACUGGGAACAUCAACUUCCUUCUUCCUGUUUCUGCACACCUCCUGCCUCCGACCUGCAGCAGAGCUCUCAGACUGGUAACUCCAGCUUAGAGGGGCCUUGUGUCAUGGUGGGAAGUGACAUUUCCCGGGUGACAACAAAGCUAACAGAUAAAUUAUGGGUUCACUCCAAGCCCUGCGGUCCCAUCCUGAAGAGUUACCUGAGCUUCCCCAUCAAACUCAGAAUAGGAAUCAUUUCAUCCUUCGCCACCAUUACGAUGGCGGCCAUUGCUCUGUGUCUGGCGUUGGGCCUGGAGGAAUACUGGAAGAAGCCUCCAGUUGAAACUACAGUCGAUGACUUCAACAGAGUGAAAUACGAACCCAAACCCUCGCUCACCUGACCUUUGACCCCUCAUGCCAAAACCAAGGCAUCAAUUCAUACUACUGGCAAGACUUCAAUAAAAAAAAUAUAAAUACUUUCGGGAAUCUUAAGUUUUUUUGCAAAACAGCGUGUGUGUAAUCAUAGGACAUCUCUAAAGAUGGUGCCAACUCACACACACACACA